UGAUUAGAUUAGAUAUGCGCAUGAUUCCAGAUCUUUCUACAUUCUUCUUCUUGACAGUUGACACCCCAACUUCUCCUUGAAAUCCGAUCGCAUCUGCUACAAAAGUCCAUUGUUUUACUCCUUUAUAUUUCCUCUCAUAAUCAAGAGUCAGUCCUUCCCAUAUCUCUGAAUUCUUGAACAUAAACAUGGCAUCAGAAACAGAGUACACUGAGCGGUCAUCUUUGAUUGAUGGCUUAAUAAAUUCAAGAAACAGAGACCUCUCUCUGUUUUUACCCUUCAUGCUGGGCUUAAACACCACCUUCCCACUUCAAAAUUCCACAAACCCACCUCAAGAAUCCCAAAAUCAAGCCACCCCACCUGACAGGGUUAUCCUCGUAAACCCUCUAACACAAGGCAUGGUUGUAAUUGAAGCCAGUGGGUCAGGCUUGGAUUCUUUGCUUAGAGACAUGUUCUUGAACAAGGAUGGUCAACCGCCUGCCUCAAAAGCAUCCAUUGAGGCCUUGCGGAGUGUGGAAAUUGUUGGUAAUGAAAAUAAUGAAGAGUGUGUAAUAUGCUUAGAGGAGUGGGAGGCUGGACAAAUGGCUAAAGAAAUGCCUUGUAAGCAUAGGUUUCAUGGGAAUUGUAUUAAAAAAUGGUUGGAAAUUCAUGGGUCUUGCCCGAUUUGUAGGUAUAAAAUGCCUGUUGAUGAUGAUGAUGAUGUGAAUGCGAAAAGUAAUGGUGAAAAUAACAGAGGCCGUAGAGAGAUUUGGGUGAGCUUUACGUUUAAUCGUGACACGAGAAAUGGGGAAAACAAUCAGAUUGUUCAUAGUGAGGCAAACAAAGGCAUUAGCAUGCAAGAGAACAGUCAUUAUGGAGAGCUGGCGGGCAUCUCGUGGAUGGGUUUGGUGGCUGCAAACAAACAGGAACAUUGUAUUGUAGAUAUGAUAAUUGACAGUUUCCAGUUACUGGCUGAAACACUACCACCUACCCGCUCCAAGAUUCCACAAUCCCACCAGAAUUCCAAAAGCCAGCAACCCUGCACGAGUCACAUGACAGAGUCAUCCUCAGAGACCCUCAAACUCAAGGCAUGGUUUUAAUAGAAGGCAGUGUAGAGGCUUGUAUUUUUUGUUUAGAGACAUGUUCUUGAAUAAGGAUGGUCAGACACCAUUGAGGCCAUGCUGAGUGUGGAAAUUGUCGGUAAUGAAGAGUGUCGGAUAUGCUUACAGUGGGAGGCUGUGCAAAUGGCUAAAGAAAUGCCAUGUAAGCAUAUAUUUCAUUGAAAUCGUAUUAAAAAAUGGUCAGAUUUCAAGGUAUUCCGUCUUUUUACCAAAUCAUUCAUUGAUAAUCAGGUAAUGUGGAAACAAUUUCAGGUUGAAUCAACUUUUUGGAAAAGAAUUGUGUGCGCAAAUGUUGCAUAGACCCUUGACAGGCUUCCCGUGCAGCGAACAAAGGCAUUAAUUACUGUGAGAAAGAACAAUUGAUGCGAAGAGAUACUAUGUGAUGCCUCUCGUGGCUGCAUACAAACAGGAAAUAUGAGAAGCGGGUGCAGGAAUUUGUGUUGCAGACGAUGCAGAAAUCAUUGAUUUUAUUGUUCUUGUCUUGCAAAAAAUUGUGAUAUUUACCAAAAACCAACAAGUGGUCACAUUAAUUAAACUUUUAGGGAUUUAUGUUUUCCAACUUGUCAAAACCACAAACUAAAAGCGGUGCCUGAAGCAUUUUUAUGCAGCACCAACGGGACAAUUAAUUGAAAGUGAUAACGAAUCUAUGGGGAAGAGGAAAUUGAGGGAAGAAUGGGGUAGAAGAAGAAUUUGUAGAAAAUAGGUAGGAAGAAGAGAGAAAGUUGUCACAAGCCACCAAUAAUUUUAUUUAUUCAUCAACUGUCUCCAUUAAAUGAUAAAAGAGAUUUAAAUAACAAAAUAAACCCUAAAGAGAAAGGGUCAGGCCCAUUACACAAGUUCAUAAAAAUAACCCAACUAAAAUAAAUAAAAUAAAAGUCCAACUAAAAUGAAAUAAAUAAACUGAAUGUCAUUAAAAUAAAUAAGCUGCAUGUCCUCAUCACAUUUUCUGGAGACUUAUCCCCUUCGCGAAUGCUAAGUGAAGCUAUUAAAGGAGAAAAAUACAUUUAUAUAUGUGUCUUUAAUACACCAUUGAGGUGCAAGUUGAACAUGUUUUUAAUCAAAGGUGAAGAUUGCUUCCUGGUUUAAGAUAAGCUUAAAUAUUUAUGA